AGAGAGAGAGAGAGAGAGAGGAGGAUGAGACGCCAUUAAUGGCGACCUCAACUACCUAUCUAGUGGCGAGAGAUUAAUGAAUGAUUUUACACUGACAGGGAAGAGAGCAAAACCACAUCCACAUUUCUACACUACACACACACUCUCUCUCUGUUGUGUCUGCCGCAGAGAUCCGGCGCUGAGGAUGUGGAACGCGACGGAAAACGUGUUCUCGCGUUCAACGUCGUUCAAGGACGAGACCGAGGAUGAGGAAGAGCUCCGAUGGGCAGCGCUGCAGCGGCUGCCGACUUACGCUCGAGUCCGCCGGGGAAUUUUCCGAGACUUGAUCGGAGAGUCGAAGGAAGUCGAAAUCGGCGAUCUAGAAGCCAGUCAGAAGCGGCUUCUCCUCGACCGUCUCGUCAAUUCCGUUGAUCAUGAUCCUGAGCAGUUCUUCGCUCGCGUGAGGAAGAGAUUCGACGCAGUUGAUUUGAAAUUCCCAAAGAUUGAAGUUCGAUUUCAGAACCUAAGAGUAGAAUCGUUCGUUCAUGUUGGAAGCAGGGCUUUACCAACAAUUCCUAAUUUCAUCUUCAACAUGACAGAAGCUUUGUUAAGGAAACUGAGGUUGUUACGUGGAAAACGGAGCAAAUUGACGAUCUUAGACAAUGUCAGUGGAAUUGUUAGACCUUCAAGAUUGACGCUUCUACUGGGUCCUCCAAGUUCUGGAAAGACAACAUUACUCUUAGCUUUAGCCGGACGUCUCGGGAGUAAUCUUGAGACGUCAGGGACAAUUACAUACAACGGAUACAAAUUGAACGAGAUAGUGGCCCCCAGGACGUCUGCCUAUGUCAGCCAACAAGACUGGCAUGUUGCAGAGAUGACAGUUCGGCAGACACUUGAGUUUGCUGGUCGCUGUCAAGGUGUCGGAUUUAAAUAUGAUAUGCUCUUGGAGCUUGCAAGGAGAGAAAAGUUGGCAGGGUUAAAACCUGACGAGGAUCUUGAUAUAUUUAUGAAGUCAUCAGCACUUGGAGGACAGGAGACAAGCCUUGUCGUGGAAUAUAUCAUGAAGAUUUUAGGGUUGGACACAUGUGCUGACACAUUGGUGGGAGAUGAGAUGAUUAAAGGAAUUUCAGGGGGGCAAAAGAAACGUCUCACAACAGGGGAACUACUAGUUGGUCCCGCAAGAGUCCUUUUCAUGGAUGAAAUAUCGAACGGUCUGGAUAGUUCAACCACUCAUCAAAUUAUCAAGUAUCUAAAACAUUCAACUCAUGCACUUGAAGGAACAACUGUGAUUUCUCUACUCCAACCUGCUCCUGAGACUUAUGAGUUAUUCGACGACAUUAUUCUUAUGUCUGAGGGGCAGAUUAUAUACCAGGGCCCUCGUGAAGAGGUUCUUGGUUUCUUUUCAUCCGUGGGGUUUAGUUGCCCUGAGAGGAAAAGUGUAGCAGAUUUCUUACAAGAGGUUACCUCAAAAAAGGACCAACAACAAUACUGGUCUGUUCCAUUUAGGCCUUAUCGCUAUAUACCUCCUGGAAAGUUUGCUGAAGUUUUUCGUUCAUACCCAACUGGCAAGAAUUUAUCCAACAAACUCGCUGUUCCAUUUGAUAAACGGUACAAUCAUCCAGCAGCAUUGUCAACGUCUCAAUACGGUGUUAACAGGAGUGAACUUCUUAAGAUCAACUUUUCAUGGCAGAGGCAGCUUAUGAAACAGAAUUCAUUUAUUUAUGUCUUCAAGUUUGUUCAGCUUCUUCUAGUUGCUUUGAUCACAAUGACUGUCUUUUGCCGGACAACAAUUCAUCACGACACCAUCAAUGAUGGCAACAUAUAUCUUGGGGCACUAUACUUUUCCAUGGUCAUCAUUCUCUUUAAUGGGUUUACAGAGGUUCCAAUGCUGGUAGCCAAGCUGCCUGUCCUCUAUAAGCACAGGGACUUACAUUUUUAUCCAAGCUGGGCUUAUACAUUACCUUCCUGGUUAUUGAGCGUUCCUACUUCAAUAAUAGAGUCCCUCACAUGGGUUGGAGUUACAUAUUAUGUUAUAGGAUAUGAUCCUCAGUUUACCAGGUUUCUUCAGCAGUUCUUGUUGUUUUUUUCUCUGCACCAGAUGUCACUGGGUCUUUUCCGCGUGAUAGGUUCUUUAGGCCGGCAUAUGAUAGUUGCCAAUACUUUCGGUUCUUUUGCAAUGUUGGUAGUCAUGGCUCUCGGAGGAUUUAUCAUUUCCAGAGAUAGCAUACCGACCUGGUGGAUUUGGGGCUACUGGAUUUCUCCAUUGAUGUAUGCUCAAAAUGCAGUAGCUGUGAACGAGUUCCUCGGUCAUUCUUGGCAAAAGAAAGCUGGGAACAAUUCUGAUGAAUCUCUAGGUUUGGCAUUACUACGACAGCGAAGUUUGUUUCCUGAGAGCUACUGGUAUUGGAUCGGUGUUGGUGCCUUGCUUGGAUAUACAGUUCUUUUCAAUUUGCUAUUUACUCUGUUCCUGGCUUUUCUCAAUCCUUGGGGCAAGCUGCAAGCUGUUGUUACCAAAGAAGAGUUGGAAGAGAAGGAGAAGAAAAGGAAAGGCGAUGACUUUGUUGUGGAAUUGAGAGAGUACUUGCAGCACUCGGGCUCGCUAAACGGAAAAUAUUUCAAGAACAGAGGCAUGGUUCUCCCAUUUCAACCGCUCUCUUUGUCUUUCAGAAAUAUUAAUUACUAUGUGGAGGUUCCGUUGGGAUUGAAACAACAAGGGAUAGUGGAAGAUAAGUUGCAGCUUCUUAUGAAUAUCACUGGAGCUUUUAGACCCGGUGUGCUAACAGCAUUGGUGGGAGUUAGUGGUGCCGGAAAAACAACGCUCAUGGAUGUUUUAGCUGGUAGAAAAACCGGUGGGAUCAUUGAAGGUGAUAUAUACAUAUCAGGUUAUUCCAAGAAGCAGGAAACUUUCGCGAGAAUUUCCGGUUAUUGUGAGCAGAAUGAUGUUCAUUCCCCUUGCCUAACUGUUCUAGAAUCUCUUCUUUUCUCUGCGUGGCUCCGGUUACCUGUGGAUGUUGACAUAGAGACACAAAGGGCAUUUGUCCAUGAGGUGAUGGAGCUCGUUGAGCUGACCCCAUUGAGUGGUGCGCUGGUGGGUCUACCUGGAGUUGACGGUCUGUCAACAGAACAGAGGAAAAGGUUAACGAUCGCUGUCGAGCUCGUAGCCAACCCUUCAAUAGUAUUCAUGGACGAACCAACUUCAGGAUUGGACGCGAGGUCUGCAGCCAUUGUCAUGAGGACUGUGAGAAAUAUUGUUAACACUGGACGGACCAUAGUUUGCACGAUUCAUCAGCCGAGCAUCGACAUCUUUGAAUCCUUUGACGAGCUUUUGUUCAUGAAACGUGGUGGGGAGCUUAUAUAUGCUGGUCCGCUCGGCCAAAAAUCCUGCGAGCUCGUAAAGUAUUUCGAGUCAAUUGAAGGGGUGCCAAAGAUCAAGCCUGGGCAUAAUCCCGCGGCAUGGAUGCUUGAUGUCACUUCCUAUACCGAGGAGCAACGGUUGGGGGUUAAUUUCGCCGAAAUUUACAAGAACUCGAGCUUGUUUCAUCGGAACAAGGAGUUGGUUGAUUUCCUCAGCAAGCCAAGUAGCAUUUCGAAAGAACUCGAGUUCCCUACAAGGUACUCUCGGCCUCUAUUCAGCCAGUUCCUCGCAUGCCUGUGGAAACAAAACCUAUCAUAUUGGCGAAACCCUCAAUACACCGCCGUUCGCUACUUCUACACCGUGGUUAUCUCGCUGAUGCUCGGAACAAUAUGUUGGAAAUUUGGUUCCAAAAGAGACACACAACAAGAUUUAUUCAACGCGAUGGGAUCCAUGUACGCCGCCAUCCUCUUCAUCGGCAUCACAAACGCAUCGGCUGCUCAGCCCGUCGUUUCCAUCGAAAGAUUCGUUUCGUAUCGCGAGAGAGCGGCCGGAAUGUACUCCGCUCUACCCUUUGCAUUUGCACAGGUCUUCAUAGAGUUCCCUUACGUUUUCGCACAAUCCGCGAUUUACUCGACAAUCUUCUACGCCAUGGCUUCGUUCGAAUGGAACGCCAUCAAGUUCCUCUGGUAUUUAUACUUCAUGUACUUCACGGUAAUGUACUUCACCUUCUACGGGAUGAUGACUACAGCCGUAACGCCAAACCACAACGUUGCAUCCAUCAUUGCUGCACCGUUCUAUAUGCUUUGGAACCUCUUCAGUGGCUUCAUGAUCCCGUACAAGAGGAUCCCGAUAUGGUGGAGAUGGUACUACUGGGCAAACCCAGUAGCCUGGACACUGUACGGACUCUUGGUCUCACAGUACGGUGAUGAUGAAAGACAAGUGAAGUUACUCGAUGGGAUCCAUCGCGUUUCGACCAAACAACUUCUCCACGACUUGAUGGGUUACCGACAUGAUUUCUUGGGCAUCUCCGCUAUUAUGGUCGUCGGAUUCUGCGUUUUCUUCGCCUUCAUCUUCGCUUUCGCCAUUAAAGCCUUCAAUUUCCAGAGGAGAUGACCAAAAAAACCCCGGUAGUUCUUCUUCUCAAGAGCUUGAAACUUGAAGCUUCCUUCAUUCGUUGUUCUUACAAGCAUAAGAAAGCAUUGCAUAUGAUCUGUAAUCUUAUUACAUUUAUAAUGUAUAUUGUCUCCAACAUGAUUCCAUUAUUAUCACAAGAGUAUUGGUUCAAGGACAAUGAUGUAACAAUAAGAACUUAAUUAUUUCUUUUCACCUUUUUUGUUGUCACUGUUUUUGCUCUCCUGCAUGUGAUAUUCGUUUACA